UUCUCUUUCUAAUUAUUGAUCACCUCUCAUCAAUUUCUUUCCAUGGAUAACGUCUCCUCAUCAAACAAACUCCCACGGAAGUACGAUGUGCUCAUCAACUUCAACGGAGAAGACAUCCACAGAAAAUUUGUUUCUCAUCUCAAUUCUGUCCUCUCUACUUUUGGUCUCACCACUUUCCUUCAUCACCACGAUGCAGUGAACUCAACUCACAUCCAAGAACCUAUUCUCAGCCACUGUCGAGUAGCAAUUGUAGUUUUCACCCAAACCUAUUCUCAAUCUGCUUGGUGUCUUCAUCAGCUUCAACAUAUCAUCAAAUGGCACCAAACUUAUGGCCGACAUGUUCUGCCCGUAUAUUAUGAAAUCCAGCCAUCUGAUGUACGUCUUCAAAAGGGUGACUUUGGAAAAGCCUUAAAGGCAACUGCACGACAAACAUUUUCAGGACGAGAACUAAAGCAUGGAAUGUCCAGGUGGAGCCAUGCACUCAACAAAGCUGCAAAUUUCUUUGGAUGGGAUGAGAGUAAUCACAGGAGUGAUGCUGAACUAGUGGACAAAAUUAUUAAGAGCGUUAUUAAUUUACCGGUCUUGUCGGCUACUAAAUUUCCAGUUAGAUUACAAACAUACGUGGAAGACCUUAUUCAAACUAUAAAAAAUAAAUCCACUGAAGUUUGUAUGAUAGAGAUAUGUGGAGAGGAAGGAUCUGGUAAAACCACUCUUGCCAAAGCCAUCUACAAUGAAAUUCAUUGGACAUUCAAGGAGAAAAGUUUCAUUGAAAAUAUUUCACAAGUUAGCGGAAUAAGAGGGUAUCUUCGUUUACUGGAACAACUACUUUUAGAUGUCCUAAAACAAAAGGUGGAGAUUCCUAGCAUUGAUGUGGGAAGAAGAAUGAUUCGGGAAACACUUUACGGAAAAAGGGUGCUCAUUGUACUUGACGAUGUUUCAUACUAUAGUUUACUCGACCUAUGGAACUGUAGUAAAUGGUUCGGCGAAGGAACUGUAAUAAUCGUUACAUCAACAUUUGAAAGAGUGCUGAAAGAUCAUGCUAAUUCUGUCUUUCAGGUAGAGCGAAUGAACGAAGAGGAGUCCCUUGAGCUUCUUAGUUGGCACGCAUUUAGAGAACCAAAACCAAAAGAAGAAUACAAAGACCUUGCAAGAAGUGUAGUUAGAUAUUGUGGAGGACUACCAAUAGCUCUUGAAGUCGUUGGAAGUUGUUUAUUUGAAAAGACGAAAGAAGAAUGGAACACUGUAUUGUUAAAAUUUGCGAUAGUUGGCAGGCAUCGUGUUUCAGAGAUAAUAAAAAUAAGCAUCGAAGGUGCACUCAAUGAAAUGGAAAAAGAUAUAUUCCUUGAUGUAUGUUGUUUCUUUGUUGGUAAGAGCAGAGCAUAUGUUAGGAAGAUCCUAAAUGGCUGUGGAGUAGACGCUGAUAUUGCAAUAAGAGUUCUCAUCCAGCGUAACCUCAUCAAAAUUGACAAAAACAACAAAUUUGGAAUGCAUCCUUUGCUACAAAAAAUCGGAAUACAAAUUAUUCAAGAAAAUAUUGUAAAGGAUCUUGGGAAUAACAGGCGACUGUGGUUUGAUAAGGAUACAAAAUAUGGGACAGAAGACAUGCAGUGGAUGCCUGUGAAACUGCCUUCAGUUCUCAUUGCCUUAAAAAGUGUUCAACCGACUGUAAAUUCUCAAUACCUUAUUAAGAAACUAAGAUGGAUCAGUUUGCAUGGGUUUUCUUCAGAAUGUCUACCUAACAACUUUUAUGAGCAUGAUGCAAUAGCUAUUGAUUUAAAACGCAGUCUUCUUCUAUUUCUCUGGAAAACACCCCAGGUUUUGAGUUUUCUAAAAGUCCUUAACCUCAGUCACUCCGAGCAUUUAACUACAACCCCUGACUUUACCGGAUUACCAAGUCUCGAACACCUCAUUUUGAAAUAUUGUUCAAGAUUGCGCAAACUACACCAAUCUAUUGGAUCACUCAACAGUCUUAUACUCCUAAAUUUGAAAGACUGUACAAGUCUAUACAAUCUUCCAACAGAGAUAUAUGACUUGAAAUCUUUAAGAACUUUCAUUCUCUCUGGCUGUUCAAAGAUUGACAUAAAGGAUAAAGAUAUACCAAAGUUGAAAUCCUUGCUAACUCUAAUUGCUGAAAAUACAGCUGUGAAACAUGUGCCUUUUUCAAUUGUAAGCUCAAAAGGCAUUGCAUAUAUGUCCCUACGACGAUUUGAGGGAUUAUCUCAUAAUUUCUUUUCUUCUAUCAUUCGGUCUUGGAUGUCGCCAACAAUGAAUCCCAUUUCUUAUAUUCAUUCGUUUUACAUAGAUAUGGAGGAUAAUACGAUUGAUAUUGCACCAUUGCUUAGUGCCCUCUCAAAUAUUCGAAGUGUUUUGGUAGCAUGUGACACCGGAUUUCAAUUAUCUAAGCAAGUCAAAUAUAUUUUGGUUGAAUAUUUUGCGAAUAUUACAAAAUUAGGAAUUUCAAAGCAGCACUGCAGGUGUUCUUUGAUUGGUGUUGGAGCAUAUCAUCAAUUCUUCAAUGCUGUCAACGAUAACAUAUAUGAGGUAAGUAAGUCUUGUGAUGUUUCUCUCCCAGGUGUCAAUGAUCCUUAUUGUAUGGCCCAUAUGGGUGAGGGACACUCUGUUUCUUUCGUUGUGCCUGAAGAUGGUGAUAUGAAAGGAAUGAUUUUGUGUGUUGUUUAUUUAUCAACUUCUAAAAUCAUUGAACCUGAAUUUACCACUGUCGUAAUUGUUAAUUACACAAAGUGUAAACUCCAGAUACACAACCAUGGCACAAUCAUUUCCUUUAAAGAUGAAGAUUGGCAUGGCAUAAUGUCAAAUUUAGAAUCUGGAGACAAUGUGGAGAUUUUUGUGAAUUUCGGCAAUGGAUUGGUGGUCAAGAACACCACGGUGUAUCUUAUAUGUGGUGAAUCAAAGAACAUGAAAAAAGCGUCUGAGCCAAAGAAACAUGUCUCAUUAGAUUCGUAAAGAAAGUUGUAAUGUGACUUCUGAUAAGUCAUUUAUGUUCUUUGAGAACAGCAUGAUCACUUUAGUGAUGGAAAUAAUCCUAGUGUUAUGUGAUGACUCGAAGAUUUAAUACUAAUAUUUAAGUGUGUAUCAUUUAUUAGAAUUAUCAUGUCAUCAUCAUUAUAUGAAU